AUGGCGACCUAUCUUGACGUCUACCGUCGUACGUAUUACGCCCGUUGUCCUGGGGCGGACGCAGUUACUGAGCCCUAUCGCAAUAAUCCGAUGAGGGAUAAAGGGCCGGUGUCCUGUCACGAUAAUCCGGUGAUCGGUUCCCCCCAUAGUUUUGAUGGAAACCUCGGUCGCGUUCCGGAGAUAGGUAGUCGCCCCGAGGUGGAGGAGAGGACGGACGGGCAGACACACUGGCCGGGCCAGGAAUGUCCUUAUCGACUGGGUCAGUCCAGAGAAAGCGGUGAUAUGGGUAUUUCCAGAGCAGAUGAUGUUAACAGUGAAGUAGGUAUUUCCAGAGCAGAUGAUCUUGAAAGUGCAGUAGGUAUUUCCAGAGCAGAUGAUGUUGAGAGUGAAAUUUGUUUGUUUUCUGCCCAUGUCUGUCAUGUUGAGAGUGAUACGUGUAUUUCCAGAGCAGAUGAUGUUGAGAGUGCAGUAGGCAUUUCCAGAGCAGAUGAUGUUGAGAGUGAAGUAGGUAUUUCCAGAGCAGAUGAUGUUGAGAGUGAUACGUGUAUUUCCGGAAAAGAUGAUGUUGAGAGUGCAGUAGGAAUUUCCAGAGCAGAUGAUGUUGAGAGGGAAGUAGGUUUUUCCAGAGCAGAUGAUGUUGAGAGUGAAGUAGGUAUUUCCAGAGCAGAUAAUGUUGAGAUUGAAGGAGGUAUUUCCAGAGCAGAUGAUGUUGAGAGUAAAGUAGGUAUUUCCAGAGCAGAAGAUGUUGAGAGUGAUAUGGGUAUUUCCAGAGCAGAUGAUGUUGAGAGUGAAGAAGGUAUUUCCAGAGCAGAUGAUGUUGAGAGUGAAAGCAGUGAUGUUGAGAGUGAAGUAGGUAUUUCCAGAGCAGAUGAUGUUGAGAGUGAAGUAGGUAUUUCCAAAGAAGAUGAUGUUGAGAGUGAAGUAGGUAUUUCCAGAGCAGAUGAUGUUGAGAGUGAAGGAGGUAUUUCCAGAGCAGAUGAUGUUGAGAGUGAAGUAGGUAUUACCAGAGCAGAAGAUGUUGAGAGUGAUAUGGGUAUUUCCAGAGCAGAUGAUGUUGAGAGUGAUAUGGGUAUUUCCAGAGCAGAUGAUGUUGAGAGUGAAUUCUGUCAGCCCGGCUUUGACGAAUUUGGUUGA